CAUAAAGUAGAGUGAGAGCUCGGUAGAGAGAGAGAGAGAAAGAGAGAUAAAGGCGAGAGCUUUAUUCGCUAUUCUGUCAUCUCCUACCUCCAUUUCCAACUGGGCCUUUAUAUCUCCCUGAGUUUUCUGAGAUUCUCUGUGAGCAAUUGAAGAUGGUAGACUUUGCUAGGGUUCAAAAGGAGCUUCAGGAAUGCAGCCGAGACGUCGAGCGCUCAGGUAUCAAAGUCAGCCCCAAAGGCGACGGUAGUCUUGCCCGUUUAAUUGGAACCAUUCCUGGCCCAACUGGUACCCCUUACGAGGGUGGCACUUUUCAGAUCGAUAUCGCAUUGCCAGAUGCAUACCCUUUUGAGCCUCCCAAAAUGAAGUUUACGACCAAAGUUUGGCACCCUAAUAUCAGCAGUCAAAGUGGAGCAAUUUGUCUGGAUAUUUUGAAGGACCAAUGGAGCCCAGCUCUCACAUUGAAAACAGCACUUCUUUCUGUACAAGCAUUACUUUCUGCUCCUCAACCAGAUGAUCCUCAAGAUGCUGUGGUGGCACAACAGUAUCUUAAAGAUUACCAGACCUUUGUUGGCACAGCUCGAUACUGGACUGAAACUUUUGCCAAGAAAUCGUCUCUUGGGAUUGAGGAAAAGGUACAAAAACUUGUAGAGAUGGGGUUCCCUGAAGGUCAGGCAAGGACCACUUUGGAAGCUGUUGGUGGGGAUGAGAACUUGGCCCUUGAAAAGCUUUGCUCUGGUUAGCCAAAAUAGAAGAGCUUUCCUUUGGUUAGCACACAUAUGGCGGCAGCUGCCAGUAGAUUUACUAUUUUAUAAGUAUAUAUGCCACCCAUCCCUAGAGGCUGGGAAUUAUACUCACAUCAAGGAUUAAUUGGAUAUAAGGUUUCCUUUGUUUAGUUUAGGUUUUUUCAUCCUUAAUAUUUUGCAGACGUUGUUAUUGCCCUUAUUGACCAGUAGUGCUAAAAUGUUGAACUUGGGGGUAAAUUUUA